UCCAUUUCUGAGGAGACGUGUGGCAACAUUGGACGUUGUUUUAGGAAAUCGAGAAAUCUCCAUUUUGCGUUGUUGUACUUUACGGACGUUGUUCUUUAUCAACGGUUGUACGGAAGGGUUGUGCAGUAAAACCGUUGUAGUACCUGAUUCUGUUGCAUUUUACAGUGUAAUAUUGGAUAGUAGAGAAGGUGAAUUUUUAGAGAAAGUAUGUCGAUGUUUGGCUCACUAAUGGGUGAUUUUGAAGAUGAUCCAUUUUUUGGAUCUCAGUUACGCUCCAUGCAUCAGAUGAAUGAUAUGAUGAACACCAUGUUUUCAAACUCUUUCGGCAUGUUUGGGAUGGGGACACCAGCCAUUGCUUCCCCUCUUGGAUCCUCACGUAUGAUUGAUAGACCACGAACAGAUCUCAUGAGCUUUGGCUUCCCGGGCAUUAACAGAACAUUUGAAAAUAUUGACCUGAUGGGGAACUCUAAUUGUCACUCCUUCAGCAGUAGCACGGUGAUGACCAUGACAAGUGGACCAGACGGAAGACCACAGGUAUACCAAGCUUCAGCAUCAACAAGGACAGCUCCAGGGGGCGUGAAAGAAACAAAGAAGGCUGUUUGUGACUCACGUUCUGGCAUGAAAAAGAUAGCCAUUGGUCAUCACAUUGGUGAAAGAGCACAUGUACUGGAGCGUGAGCAAAAUCUCCAUUCUGGUGAUCGUGAAGAACGUCAAGAGUUCAUCAACCUUGAUGAAGAUGAAGCAGAAGACUUUAACAAAGAGUUUGAGCAAAAGACAAGGCAGUCUGUAGGUGCAAUUGGUUAUUCGUCCCCUAACUCCUCUUCAAAUCGACAUGGCAGACGUCACCGUGAACCCCAGCUGGCAUUGCCUCCCUCCUCAUCCAGCUCUCGUCUUAGAUCACGAAGUUAUUUACCAUCAUCAUAUGAUCGCAGAAGUCAUCGAUCGUCACCAGUUCCUUUGAGGUACGGAAGGAAAUAUUGAUAAAGGUUUGGUAAUGGGCUCGAGAGACUAGGAGGGCACUUGGAUUUCUGGUAGCAGCAGUGUUUCGCUGCCACAAGAAAGAGCAAAGAAGCGUGAUCAUGAGCCUGAUGUUGAAAGGAAGCACAAGGCCCUGAAACCAUCACAUUCACAUCAUGAGACCGAUAUGUGAAUGAUCAACAGAGCAGCUGGUUGAGAUAUGUGAUAUCUCAAGAUGUCACCAGAUUUUUAUGUAAUAGUGGUUUGCUUUUACACUGUUUGGUCAAUAUUCAGUUCUUUCAAUACAUUUUAAAGAUGUCCUAUUAUCAACUUCAUUCAUUUUCAAUUGUACAUACAUUACAGUAUUUUGUAUGCACUAAAACUAUGUUGUUGCAAAGCCUUUGGUUAAAUGUCAUUGCAUUGUCUGGUGAAAAAUCUUGUAAUAUUUUGUGCACUGGGUUUGUUCUUAUUCUUCUGUGUGAAGUUUUCUUCAGUGUAAUCAUGUUUUUUUUGUUCUUGGUUAUACUUAGUUAUUUUGAAUUGUUCAGAGAUUCCAUCAGUUCCAGUUCACAGAAGAAGUCUUUCUUUGCAGUCUUUUAGCUGUUUGUUUAAAUAUCCUAAAUAAUUUUCGUGGAUGUCUGUAAGUAUGUUAUUUUGCUGAUAUUGCAGUAGAACUUUGCAUAUUAUUUAGUUAGCUCUUUUCCAUAUCAUUUGAAUUUGAUGUAUCUGGAUACAGAAUAGUUCAUUUAAAUGCCCAUUAUAAACUGUACUUGAUGUUGAGUGCAACUGAGGGCAUUUAAUUUUCCUGCUGUAAUAUGUUGGUCAUGGCAGAGAAUAAAAUUUGUCUUUGUUUUUAAAUCUGAUAUUAUACUCCAGACUGAUAUCAUAUUAUGAAUUUUAUUGUAUUUAUUCAGGUUAUAAGUUGCAUAACUUGUGAUGACACAAGAUAAUUAGAAGUAACUUAGAGUUCAGAAUUCAUACUCAUUCAGUUGCUAGAUACAAGAUAUAAGAGUUAGUUUCCCUUUUAAAACAUAUUUUAAAACUGACUUACUUGGGGUUUGUAAAUUGAUCUGUAUUAGGAUUCGGACAUGAUUGUGGGUGAGAGAAGAUUGAGCUAGGUGGUCCCUUUGUGGCAUGAACUUGACCACUUGCAUUGUAAUGUGCUGUCUGCUUGCAUCUUGGUACAACCAUGAACAUGCCUCUUGCUUGGGUCCUUGGUCUUCCAUUAUUGAAAACAGUAAAGUGCUACUAAAAUGAAACAGCUAUCUGAUAUAUUCUAUUUUCACAAAAUAUUAAAGAUUGGUUGAUAUUGAUUUGUGUAACUGCCAACAUUUAACAUUCCCUGCUACUGUGCAAUCUACAACCACCCACCAUCUUGUUGGAUUCCUAGAAUAGGUUUUUCAAAUACAUUAGCAUGGUUAAGAAAGCAGCAAAUGUUGGUGCUCUCCAUGUAUUUUGAGAGUUAAAUUUCAAAGAUGUUUCUUGAAUAGCUUUUUCAACAUUGGCUGUAGCUGUAAAAAUAUGGCUCCUCUCUUUAUUUUGGAGUCCAUAUUUAGAUCUAGACCCUUUUUGUUUGUCAUGACAUUAUUGUUGGAGUAAGUGAAUGCUAUCCAUAUGUGCUCCUAUAUUACAACGGCUAUCUUCGCUCUUUCCAAGCAGAAGAAACUAGUAUGGUCAAAAUGUCGUAACUUGUGUUAAUGUAAGGGGUUGUAAUUUAGUUUCUUAAGUCCAGUUAAGUUGGUAGAGCAGUAUAGGAAUAGACAAUAUAUCAUCGUGUGUCACUUUCCUUUUUAUACAGGUGGAUGGGUCUGUAAUUAUAUAUAUUUAAUUUGAUUAGUUUUUAAAACUUGGACUAUUGUUGUUUGGCAGUGACAUUUUCAUUUAUGGAAAAUCCCCCACAACAUUUAAAAAAUGACUUUAGAUUAAAUUUCAUCAGUACUCAAGUGGUCUCUCUCUUUGUCUUUCAUUAGUAUCACUUUGGGUAAGAGAAAAAUCAAUUAAACUUCAUGUUGAAAGGCAGCCUUUUUUUUUUAUAGGACUCUAUUAGUAACUGUGUGUACUGAAAGUAUAAUUUUUGUCUUUUAUGUCAGAAUUUAUGAGAAUUGUUAGUGUAAGUGAAUUAGUUUUAAAAUGUGAAGUUCAUUAUCUUACAAUAAGAAGCAGGUAACACAUUAAUUAUACCAAACCUAUCGUUUUUGUAUAGGCCUAUAGACAGUUACCGGAUUGGAAUAAUCCAUCCCUUCAUCAAGAGCACUCUUAAUUUUUAGUCAUAUGUUAAGCAUGUUCUAUUAUUCAAUUCAAUUGAAACGUUUUAUUAUAUGGCUUUAAUAUAAUUUUGUAAAAUUAUGGUAAUGAGUGUUGAAAAUAAGAGAACUAUGCUGCUGAAUGUUGACUACAUUCCCUCUUGCCACAACACCUGUAGUGACACCUGGGUGGUAAUGAAGAAAUUCUGUUUGAGGCUUCCUUUCAAUUUAAUUUAUGGUUGUAUAAUCAAACAACCCCCAACUUUUCAGUGUCAAUCCUGAUUAAACUUAUUGCCAAGGUAAGACGGAGCUGGAAUAGUUUUCUCGGCAUAGUAACUGGCAGUGGGAUGGGAUAACCAGUGUUUUAAUCUCCCCAUAAGCAGGGAUCUCUCCUUUCCCCCCCCCCCCCCCAAAAAAAAAAAUCAGAUCCAGAUUUUCUGUGGGGCUCUCAGUCUAUCUGUUAGGUACUGGGUAUAAAGCACCCAGAACAUGAAGUUGGACCACUCAUCUACAUGCUUUCAUGGGAUGGCACAAGGACUUUACCUUACCUAAAGUGCCCCUAAAUGUUAUUGAGUUUUCAUCAUUACAUGAAAUCAGUAUGCUUUCAUGCUUUUUGGUUUGAAUUGUACAGCAAUAUUCAAACAUAAAGUUAAAGAAAUAGUAUGUAAUUGAGGGAAUCCCACCAAAGAUUCUAAGAUAAAACUUAAAUUAUAUAUUUGUGAACAUUUGCAUGCACACUGAAUAUGUCUUGGAAGACUUAGUAGUGCUUGAAAAUUAUGGCAGUUAAAAGGUAAAUAUAUGUUUGAGGAGUGGGUAUGUGGGAGGUAUUAUAAUCUGUUAAUAACACUACAAACAUCACUCAGAUUGAUUGAUUGAUGUCUUUGAUUUAAAGUUAGGGAUAUGGAACAUGUGUUGCAUUUUUAGUUCUUUUAAAUAUCCACACUACUCUUUAAUAACUCAGAAAACACAAAAGUGGUGUUUCAGUAGUUAUAUGGACAAGUUCUUCUUUAACCAGUGAGACAGGGCAAUUUGGAAAUUGCAUGUGUUCUACAAUUCUCUCUUUGUGUGAAAGUGUUGCAGGGUUUAGUCCUGUAACAAAGUGGAAGUAUUUUGGCAACUUUUUUUCCUGAUACAAGUGUAUAUAUGUGUGUACUUGUUAAUUUGAAAGGAAUGAGGUGUCUUUCAAGAGUAUUCUGGAGCUUAAAAAAUUGUGUUGUGGUUUUAGUUGUUAUUAGUAAGUUCUUUAAAAUAUUUAAAGUGUCACAAGUAAAGUUUACAUUUUGAAGGAGUAAGGGUAAUUAGAAGAGGUAUGAUAGCAGCAUUGUAGAGCAAAGUUCAAGAAGAGUUGGCAUUAGUGUGUUUUUAGUUAAAUGUAGCACUGUAUCGGCAGAUUCUUAAGAACAUGGUUUUCUUUUCAAGUGAAACCUAAGGUAAAUAUUGUACAUAAAUUGCAGUUUAUGUUAUACAAGUUUUCAUCAACUUUCAAGUUAAUAAUGUGUAGAACUUUUUGAAAUAUACCUAAUAGCUUAAUGUUCCAAAAUAGUUUAGAGGACUAUGAAUGAAUACUCUUGUUUCCAUUCAUAUAAAAUAUAUUUAGAAGUAUAGAUGAGUUCAUCAGAACACAAGAUAUGAACAGUGCUGAAAUUUAAUGAUGCUGAUGUUGAUAUUGUACUUCCUGUAUCAUGUUGUCGACUUCAUAGGUCAUGUUACAUUUAGAAUUGGAUGUAACCAGCCAAAUUUCCUACAUGUAUUAAUAUUAGCAGUGCAACUUUGAUAUUGUCAUGGAAGCUCAAUGAUUAGUGAUAGAGUAAUUAGUAAUAAUGAAUAUGUGGCCAACUAAAAUAUAAUUGAUCUAUCUUCAUGGUAGGUUUGAAAGUUGGUGUACAGUUUACUUAUUUAUGUAUUAUGCGACAGUGAUGUGCUGUAGGAUGUUUGUGCUUUCAGUUGUGAAUGGGAUAUAUUACAAUACUUUAAAAUAAACUUUGUGAGAAGCGA